CAAUUCAAAGUCAAAAUAAUUUUUACAACAAACUUGGCCUCCAAGAACACAAUCUUUUAGCAAUAUUAGUAAAAACUGUUCUGCCAGUUACAUAACAGAUUAAUACUGUUUCCUUCGAUUUUUAAAACUUUGACGUUGACAAUGAAUUGUAGUCUGAGUCGGAGAUUGCUGUGCCGCCGAGCGAUAACAUGUAUAAAAAGCAAUUUAUUAUCUGAAAUCAUACCCAGUAAAGGAUUGGCAGUUGAAAUUGCCCGACCCUUUUCCGUAACGCAGAAUAGAAACAUGAAAUUAGUUCAAUUUUCAUACAAAAAUGAUCCAAAAAAAAUUUGUGCGGGCUACUUGGAAGGGGAUGGGAUUGUCGAUAUAAAUAAGGCCGACCCUUCGUUAGGAACAACUGUAAUUGAGAUUUUAAGAAAUAAUCAAAUAGAUAACGUGAAAAAGUUAAAAUCCACAACAAAAUCACCAUGCCAAUGCCCCAAUGUAGUGCCAAUGUCCUGCAGUGACAUUAACCUCCCCAUCCAUGGUAUUGAUAAGGUCAUGUGCAUCGGCCUUAACUACAAGGAUCAUUGUGAGGAGCAGAAGUUGAAUCCACCUCCUGUUCCAAUGAUGUUCAGCAAGUUCGCCAGCACUAUUAUUGGCCCCGAUCAGGCAGUGAGGUUGAGGACUGAUGUUACUAGGAAAGUCGAUUGGGAAGUAGAGCUGGUUGUGGUAAUCGGGAAAAAGGCGAGUUUCGUCAAAGCUGCCGACGCUUUCGACUACAUAGUGGGCUACACAGUGGCUCAAGACAUCAGCGCUAGGGACUGGCAGAAGGAGAAGAAUAUGGGCCAGUUUUUGCUCGGAAAGUCGAUGGAUACGUUCUGCCCCCUCGGGCCGUGCAUCACGACGAGUGACGAGAUCGGCGACCCGCAGUCGCUCGACAUCAAGUGCAGCGUCAACGGCGUUCUCAAGCAGUCCAGCAACACCAACCAGCUCAUACACAAGAUACCUGAUGUCAUCGAGAGAUUGACCUCUGUAAUGACCCUGUUGCCCGGGGACAUCAUUCUGACAGGCACACCCGGCGGCGUGGGCAUGUAUCGCGACCCGCCGGAGUACUUGCAGCCCGGUGACGUCAUCCGCAGCGAAAUCCAGAACAUUGGCGCGUUCGACAUCAAAAUUGAGAAAUUCUAGUGAUCCGAGUUGUUAAUAUUUGUAUAAAUGUAUAUAUUAUUAGGAUUUUCGACGGAUUUUUGCGCAUUGAAAUUUGAAACCUGUGAAAAAAAAUACAUUUUAAUUAAAGAUUUAUUCGCAUGUAGUAAUAUAUUAAUAAUUGAAUAAUAUGCUGGCAUCAGUAAAAUUUUUACUGCCCAAUAAUUGACAUGAAAAUUUUUGAGAAUUUUUAAAAUAAUUUACAAGUCUAUAGUUACUGUAUAUACAUAUAAAUUUAUUAUUCCCUAUAGGAAAUAUUAACAGUACUCGAUUUUU